GGGACUGCUGGUGGGAGCAGGGAGCAGCGGAGGGGCUGUCUUCUUCUUCUCCACUGUAGCUUCAUGGAGGCGCGUUUCACUCUUACACAUGCAUGGGACUAAACGACGGGACUUUACCGAUGAACUUAGAUGCUCCAAUGUAGAUCCGAGCUGCAGCUCAGCCAGCGCAACAACAGCCCUCCUAAGAUGAGCGCCUGUGCUGAACAGUUCUGUGUGUGUGUUUGUCCAUACAGGAGGAAUGCCAGCUCCUGAGCAGAGCCCAGUGACGGAGGAGGGGCUUCUGCUGACCAUCCGCAACAGUUCAACUGGCCGCAACAUGGAAGCUGACAACACCGCCAACAACAUACUGGCCUCUGUCAAAGAACAGGAGCUCCAGUUUGAGCGGCUAACCAGGGAGCUGGAAGUGGAGAGGCAGAUUGUGGCCAAUCAGCUGGAAAGAUGCAGACUUGGGGCCGAGUCGCCAGGCGCUGGUAGCAGCAGCUCAUCUGAGAAGUCCCUGCCUUGGAGAACUGCAGAUGCCUCCGCCUCAGGGGACACCAAGUCUCGGGUGACUGACAGCUCCCAGUCGCCCAGCUACCGCAUCAGGACUGAGUCAGAGCAGGUGUCUCUGUACUCCCCGGAGCAGUCCUCCCUCCAUGAAAGUGAGGGGUCCGCGGGGAAUUCGCGUAGCUCAACUCAGAUGAACUCAUACUCGGACAGUGGCUACCAGGAUGCCAGCAGCGGCUACCUCACCAGCCAGAACAUGGGCAAGGCUGAGCUGAGGAUGCAGCACUCCUUCCCUGGCGCCGGCACUGGUACCCAGGGAAAGAAUGCCAGAGCCGAGGGCCAGGCUUCAGCCCAGGUUCCAGCAGUCACAACAGCAGUGCCUGGCCGUGCUAUGCGGAGGGUAAGCUCAGUGCCUUCUCGCUCUCACUCGCCAGCCUACGCCAGCGGUGUGUCCCCCUCCCGCGGCUCUCUGCGUACCUCAGUUGGCAGUGCCUACGUCUCCCCCAUUGUAACUGAGCCCAAACCGCUCUCUUGCAUCUUCUCUACAACCUUGCCCUCUGCCCAGCGCACCAGUAGCACCGGCGGUGGUGGCAGCGGCUCACCCUACUCCACACAGAAAAACUCCCCUGCUGCACUGCGACGCAUGGGCUCUACGAACUCACGAUCCGGCAGCCGCACAACCUCGCCCUAUCAGGCCUCUGCAGGUUCAUCAUCAGGCCGCAUGGGCUCGCCUCUUACAAUGGUGGACAGCAUCAACCCUCCACUGACUAAGCAGCCUUCUCACUCAUCGUCUCCAGUCAGGGCUAGUAUGACCGCCGUGCCCCAGCACUACAGCUCCACUCUGCCCCGCUCCAUGCUCCACAACUCCGACCCCUAUGGACCCCAGAGUUACGACAUUUACGAGAGGAUGACGCGUCCUGACAGCCUCACAGGAAUACGGAGCUCAUAUGCUAGUCAACACAGCCAGCUGGGCCAGGACUUAAGGUCGGCCAUGUCCCCAGACCGCCACAUUGCACCAAUCUACGAGGAUCGGACCUUCCAGGGCCCGCUAUACCGCAGUCCCAGCCACACCCAGCAGGGCACCCUCUACAGGAGCACCUCAGGUGUGGGGAGUCUCCAGCGGACUUCCAGCCAGCGCAGUGCCAUGAUCUACCAAAGAAACAACUAUGCUCUUAACACAGCGGCCACCUAUGCUGAUCCCUAUCGCUCAGCACAGUACCGGCCCUCUGAUCCCAACUACACACGCCAAGCUGUUGUCGUGGAUGAUGGUGCCACUCGCUCACCCUCCAUAGACAGCAUUCAGAAGGAUCCCAGGGAGUUUGCAUGGCGUGACCCGGAGCUGAUGGAGGUGAUCCACAUGCUGCAGCACCACUUCCCUUCAGUGCAGGCCAACGCAGCCGCCUACCUGCAGCACCUGUGCUUUGGCGAUAAUCGGGUUAAGGCUGAGGUGUGUCGACUGGGAGGAAUAAAACAUCUGGUGGACCUGCUAGACCACAAGGUCCUUGAGGUCCAGAAGAACUCUUGUGGAGCUCUGAGGAACCUCGUUUAUGGCAAAGCUAUGGAUGAGAACAAGGCGGCCGUAAAGAAUGCAGGAGGUAUCCCAGCUCUGCUCCGCCUACUGAGAAAAACUGUAGAUGCAGAAGUGCGGGAGCUCGUCACAGGGGUGCUGUGGAACCUGUCGUCGUGUGACGCCGUCAAGAUGACAAUCAUUCGGGACGCCUUAAUGACCCUGACUAACACUGUGAUCAUCCCUCACUCUGGAUGGAGCAGCUCCACCUUCGACGACGACCACAAGCUGAAGUUCCACUCCUCCCUGGUGCUGAGGAACACCUCAGGCUGUCUGAGGAACCUGAGUUCAGCUGGAGAGGAGGCCAGAAAACAGAUGCGUACCUGUGAGGGCCUGGUUGACUCACUGCUCUACGUCAUCAAAGCCUGUGUAAACACCUCUGACUUCGACAGCAAGAUUGUGGAGAACUGCAUUUGCACUCUAAGGAACCUGUCAUAUCGCCUGGAGCUGGAGAUACCGCCAUCUCGACUGAUAGAGGGGCAGGAGCUAGACGGCUUACUGGGCAGCGAGUCGCCCAGUAAAGAGGAGGAUUCCAGCUGCUGGGGCAGGAAGAAAAAGAAGAAAAAAAAGAGCUUGCACGAAGACAUAUGGGACGGUGUGGGACCCAUACCUGGCUUCUCAAAGUCUCCCAAGGGGGCAGAGAUGUUAUGGCACCCUGCGGUGGUGAAGCCGUACUUAACACUGCUGGCGGAGAGCUCGAAUCCCGCCACUCUGGAGGGCGCCGCUGGGUCCCUUCAGAACCUGUCAGCCGGCAACUGGAAGUUUGCGGCGUACAUUCGUGCAGCAGUGCGUAAGGAGAAGGGGCUGCCCAUCCUUGUUGAGCUGUUGCGGAUGGAUAACGACAGGGUGGUGUGCUCGGUUGCCACUGCUCUGAGAAACAUGGCACUGGAUGUCAGGAACAAGGAGCUCAUAGGGAAGUACGCGAUGCGGGACCUGGUCAAUCGUCUCCCUGGGGGAAACACCACCCUGCUGUCAGACGAGACAGUGGCGGCCAUCUGUUGCACCCUGCACGAGGUCACCAGCAAAAACAUGGAGAACGCCAAGGCACUGGCCGACACGGGAGGCAUCGAGAAGCUGGUCAACAUCACCAAGGGCAGAGACAGGUACUCUAUGAAGGUGGUUAAAGCAGCUGCUCAGGUCCUGAACACACUGUGGCAGUACCGGGAUCUGCGUACCAUCUAUAAGAAAGAUGGAUGGAACCAAAACCAUUUCCUCACUCCAGUGUCAACACUUGAACGGGACAGGUUCAAGUCCCAGCCCACCCUCCCCACCAGCGGCAUUCAGAUGUCCCCAGUCAACCACGCUGCUGCCAGUGCCACGUCGUCUCCUGCCAUGCUGGGCAUCAAAGAGCAUAGAGACACUAUCAGAGAUUAUCAGAGAGCACAGUCAACUAUGCAAUUUUAUAAUUACCAAGGGGACAACAGUAUCCACAAAAAACAGUAUACAGGGUCUGGAAAGCCUUCUCCAUAUUACUACUCAUCGCCCACAAGAGAGGAGCCCAGAAGAACACAGCCUAUGUAUUAUACAGAAGACCCGGGCAGGAGAAACUAUGAUACUUACAGAAUGUACCUGCAGCAUCCCCACGGCUACGACGACCCGUACUUGGAGGAGGUUAUCGCCUACCCACCCUCAGUCGACUACAGCUCCCAGACUCAUGGACUGAAAUCCACCACCAACUAUGUGGACUUUUAUGCUAGCACACGGAGGCCUUCCUACCGGGCAGAGCAGUACCCUGGCUCUCCUGACUCCUGGGUAUAGGUCUGGAGGUGCCUCCUGUGUUACAAUCAAAAACCUUUCAUCCCUGAUUUAUCAUUUAGGGGCGGGGCGCCACGAAAGCACCAACAGACUUUUUCAUGAACUUGGCUUUAUAAGUGUGUUCGUUUUAAAGUGAAUGAGUGUGUAUGGAGGGAGAGUUCAACUGAGCGAUGGCAGAUGGAAAGAUGGAAUGUGUGCCAAAGAAGGAAAUCAAGGAAUGUUUUUUUUUAUUUUUAUUAAUUAUCAUUAUUUUUUUAUUCAGUAGAGAAAGAUGGAAUCAUGCUGGGUGUCUGUUGCAGGACGAUACUGGACACUACCGUGAGGAGACGCGUGUCCUGUUCUGUCUAGAUUUUAGUUUUAUUUUCUUUAUGAAACUCGUAGCUGUGAUAGCAUGGUGAAAGGCGUGAGUCAUGUGAGAGAGGGUCCGUGGUAAGAUGUCAAGAUGGGGAAAUGUGUAUGUGCCGAAGCCAAAAUGGAUCAUGAACUCAUAUCUGUAAAAAAUAAAAUAAAAAUAGUAAACUAAUGUUAGAUUGUACAGAGGGAUCAAAUUGUAUCUGUACUUAAUGUUGAAGCUGUGUAAUGCCAUGGAGUCUUGUACAUUUCUUUCAUGUUGUUGUAAAUACAGAAAAAAACAUGUUAACUGGUUUACACUCAUCAGCACUGGUUAUAAAAAAAAAAAGAAAAGAAACUUGUGCCAUGUUAAUUCUCUAUAGAUAUAUAAAUAUAUGAAGAAAUAUGUGGACAAAAGAUGGCAUCAUAACACAACCAUGCUAAAAUAAUAAAAGGUCAGUUUUGUUUUUUAAAACA